UCACUCAAACACAAAAUACAACACAAGUAGAGAAGAACAUACAUAGAUAUAAAAUUAGUAGAAAUGGAGAGAGUAAGAGAUCUAGCGUCGAAGAAGGCAAUAGUGAUGUUCACAAAGAGCUCGUGCUGCAUGUGCCACAGCAUCAAGAGCUUGUUCUACGAGCUAGGGGCAAGCCCGGCGGUGCAUGAGCUGGACAAGGAGUCGAGAGGGAAGGAGAUGGAGUGGGCUUUGAGAGGGAUGGGGUGCAACCCCUCUGUCCCCGCUGUGUUCAUCGGGGGACAGUUGGUGGGGUCGGCCACGGACGUCCUCUCCUCCCAUGUUGAUGGAACCUUGAAGCAGAGGCUCAUCGAUGCCAACGCCAUUUGGUUCUAGCUACCUACCUACCAAGUCAUGAAUAUGUAUAUGUAUAUGUAUAGUGCAGCUUCAUGAGUUUUUGGCUAUGGCUGCUGUAAUUGUCGCAUGAGUCUCUACUUUUGGUGAUGACUUAAAUCAAAUGUAUGCUUUUAGUUACAAAUUCGUCAUUGCCCUCUUAAUUUUCUGUUUUC